CAACUCUCGUCUCUUCCAUUCGACAAUACUCAUUGUACCCAAAAAAUUUUGCUUUCUUUGAACGACCUCUGCUUUCUCUGAACAAGUUUCUGAAUCCAACUCUCUUGUCUCUUCCAUUCGACAACACUCGAAGGGAAAAAGAAUCCCCAAAACGCGCUUUUCUUGAUUUCUUGAAAGUUCUUCAACCUGGAGCUCUUGAUGAAACCUUGAAUUAUCUUCAACAGCGUGCGUCAAAGGAUAAAUCAUUCUCUUAUUAGAUUACAACAAUUUCAUAUCUAACUACUGUUUCCUCAAAUCCUGUGACUUGACACUGGAGUUGUCCUUUCUUGAACAAUGUCAUCAACUAUAGAGAACAUUGACAUUGAGGAGGAUAUGCCUAAUAUGGUUGGAGAGGCGAUCUCAAAUGUGCAUGUAAAUCCUAAGCAAUCUGACAUGUGGCAACACUUUGAGAAAACUGUUAACGAGGCAACCAACAAAACAGAACGAACGAAGAAUCCCCUUCUGCUUCAGGCACUUUCUCGCUACAUCUCUGCAGAGUUCCAUUCCAGCAAAGAAAGUCAGGUUAAGCGCACAAUUAAUAUUCUGUGGUUUUGUUACCUGUUUAAUUUGGCUCUAAUCUUACGACAUCGUUGCCAAGUAAUAAACACCUUAGAAGGGUUUAAUGUCUUCGUGGUCUGCAUCAUGUUAUCAACUGCCGGAGGAUAUUGUGUGUUGCUGAUCAGAAACCAGCCUGAGCUUGCAGUUCUCCGGAGAUGUUAUUUCAUGCUGUCGAGUGUUUCAAUGGCAUCAGCUUUAUCAAUACUGGGAUAUGCCUUGUUUCUGGAAAGUUUCAGGUCUUUAUGAUUACAAGCUUCAUUAUUUUGCUGGUCUGGUUCUUGGAUUCGGAGAAAAUCUGCAUAGUUGAAGAGAAAGUACAUCUCAGAUUUGUGGAGGUUGAACAGAUCUUGCAUUGGGAAAGACACAUUGGGCAAAUAGUAGUUCUUGGUGGUGCUUUCUCAGUAAAUGGAAAUGUGAACCCAAUAGCAGAGGCCACUUUCAUUAGAUAAUAUAUUGUUCUGCUUCUAUAUC